GCUUGCUUAUAUACAAUACUUCUAUGGAUCUAUGUAUUUAUUUUACUCCUAGACUUGAUACAGCAAGCCUUCAUUUCACUUAGCUCCAAGCCCCUAUCCUUUGACAGCUAUACAUUCCUAACUUGCAUAGUAAUUAGCAUAGGAUAGGCCUUGUGGGUUCCUCUGAUUUGUCGCGCCCAUAUCACUGCAAGGGGCGCAUUUGCACCGCACGGGCGGUCGCCCCAAAGCGCCCGCAAGCAAGCGUGCAGACGGUAUGCCUUACGACGCCCAGACCCGACCAAACGCUGGCACAGGAGGCGUUAGCAGCGGCACGGCGAACAGUCGAGGUUCAACAGAGCGACCGCAAAUGGACCAUCCCUCCACCAAGUACCGGGAAAUCGAGAUGCCCAACCCGGUCAUCAUGCAACGUGCCUCCUCACCACCACGACCAACGCUGCCCCGGCGUUCGGAGCCACGUAGUUGGAAGGCUACGUCGCGCGAGAAGUACCCAUUGACAUCCAGCCUUACAGGUCCCGGCCGUGCUGGCAAGCAGGGCACCCUGCUAGGGGCCAGCGGAGGCCGCUACGAGGGAGAGGUGCUGGCAGGCAGGCCGCACGGCAGGGGCCGGUACUUCAUGCUGAGGGACGGUAGCCCCCGCGAGUGGAUCCUGCAGUACGACGGCGACUGGAUCCAGGGCCGCCGCGAGGGGUACGGCACCCGGCACUACAGCUCCGGCGAGAUGUACAGCGGCGAUUGGGUGGCCAACCUGCGGCACGGUACCGGGCGCUACGAGUACGCGAGCGGGGACCUGUACGUGGGGCAGUGGGCGGACGACAAACGGAAUGGAGCGGGGACGAUGUACAUGGCUAGCGGCGACAUCUUCAUCGGCAACUUCAUGUCCGACCGGCGCGAGGGCAUGGGCAGUCUGUACAUGCUGGCCCGCCAGAAGAAGUACGUGGCGGAGUAUGUGGCGGAUACCCCGCGCUGCGGCACCGUGCUGGGGAUAGAGGACUCGGAGCUGGCGCCGCUGCGGGGUCACCUCAUCUCGCUGGCGGCUGCUCGCAAGCUGGACGCCGCGGCGGCGGGGGAGAUCAUCGCGCGCCUGCCGCCGCUGCAGCUGCUGCAGCCCUCCAAGGUGCUUGCGGAGCAGGUGGUGGCGGUGCGGCGCGGCCGGCAGCAGGGCGGCAGUCGCAUGCUGCGGGCGGUGCAGGCGGCCAGCGGCAACCUGAGCGAGCGGGACAUCGAGAUGCUGCGACACAGCUUCACGCUCAUGGCAGCGGGCGACGGCCCCGAGGUGGGUCUGCUGCCCCACCAGCUGCGCGAGCUGGUGGUGAUGGCGGGUCUGGACCCCGCGGCGCCCGCCACCCGCAGCCUGGUGGAGGAGCUCAUGAAGCGGCGGGCGGCGAACACGGGCCGCAUCACCUUCGACUCCUUCAUGCUCGUGGUGGCUCACUUCCAAGACGAGGCGGUGGCGGCAGCGGCGGCGGCGGCAGUGGACGCGGCCGCGGCGCAAGCCACCGCCACCCUCUCCGCCACCGCCGGCACCCGCGGCGUGCUGGCGGGCACUGGGUUGGCGCACUUGCUUGCGGGUACGGCGGCCGUGGCGGCGGCGGAAGAGGAGGAGGAGGCGGAGGGCGAUGCAACGGAGGCGGUGGCGGAGGAGGAGGAAGAGGAGGAGCAGGGUGAGGAGGAAGGCGAGGAGGGUGUUGACGGCGAUGGAGCCGGAGACGGGGUUGGAGAGGAGGUUGAAUACGGCACGACGGUGACAGUGACGGCGGAGGCAGAGGCGGCGGGUGCGCAGGAGGGAGAAGCAGCCGCGGCGGCCGCGGCGGAGGCUGCGGCAGCGGCGGCUGGGGUGCCGGUGGUUUUGGAGGCUGACCCAGAGGCGAGUGCGGCGGUGGCGGCGGUGGCGCAGGUGCCUGCUGCGAGCGACGUGGUAGAGGAGCACUUUGUGGCGGCAGAGGG